AUGACAAGGAUCAACGAGAUUAAAGAUACUAUCAAAUAUGAUCAUCAAGAUUAUCAAAACAGAGGGUUCAGCGAUGCCCAUGAAAGUACAGUUGGAGACGGGCCUGCUACCCAAGCCAAGAUUUUAUUUCAACAAGCAUUGGAAAAUGAUAUUGAUCAAAAACUUGAUAAAUGUAACGCAGAAACAAUAACAUUUAGAGCAGAUCUCCAAAGAUCAAUGACAAUUGUAAAUAGUGGUGAUCAAAAAUCAAUUAAAAGCAACCCCAUCUUAAUCGUCAAAGUUUACUUUGACAAAAAUGUUAGGACAAAAUGCAAAACCAAAAAAUUUUGUAAU